UAGCGGCGAUCUGAUUAUACUCUCAUCAUCUUAUCGAAGUUGCUCAUGUAACUUUGUCCUUGAUAGUUGGCUAAUACUACAACUGGAAUUAAGUGUAGUAAUUCGGAACUCUGUUGGAAGUGCUAAUGCUUAAGUGCUGGUUAUUGUAAACAGUAAACCCCAUCCGAGUUAUUAUACAGGGCUGAUGAAAUGCUGCUCAUUUGCAAUGGUGAUGUAACUAGAUGCUAGUAAAACACAAUAGCUGGUUGAAAAUGUUGGAUGAUUGUUCAACGUUACAUCUCACAGAAACCUUAUCGUGGAUUAACAUUUUAGUUGAUCUGAAAGAACCUUAUUUUAAAUGCGAAAGCUUGUUACAGAUUUGAAAUUUAUGUAUUUAUCUAUAGCAUUAGAAAUUAUAAGAGUUGUUAGCUUCACUUGGCUUACUGUUGUGCUCAAAGCAACUUCAUCAUCAUACAGUAUGGUUUUGAUAUGCUCUUCCAUUAUCACUGAGCCUUAUGAUUAUGUUUUACGAGCUUAUAAUAUCACUGAUGGUGAUUCAGUAUUGUGAUUAUGUCCUUCGUUGAUUAUUCUGUUUCAUACAAGUCGUGUAAUUUGCUGUUUGUGACAGUACGAUAGAUCGACUCAACCUUCUGAGGUAUUAGUUGAAGUUCAUGUAAAUUAGCUUUGUUUAUCAUAGUAGCAUUUGAUUAUUGAUGCUCUGUAGCUAAUGAUAAGCCAUUGGAGGGAAGCAAGCUUUCUAAAUGAAUCUACGAAUGGAUGAUAAAGUUCAUGAAUAUUUUUGUUACUUCUGCAGUCAGAUCAUGAGUUAUUGAGUCUAUUGUUUUUUUAAGCCUGUUUCAGAUGAUCCAUCAUCAGUAACAACAUACACGGUGUAGUCCCAAAUCCAUCAUAUGCACCUUCUUUUCUUCAAUUUGGUCUUGUUUUUUUUUUCAUGAUGUCAUUGAAUUAUUCAAGAAGUCACUUCGAGCAUAAUGAUUUUUCAAAAUCCACCUUUGUUCAAGCACUACCACGUCUUUUCAUCUAGCCCACAACCGUGGUGGAGGAUCUAGAAUUUUCAUGAAAGGAUUCAAAAUUUACAAACAUAUAUAUACACUAUACACUAUGAAUCCACUAAUACUAGAUGGUGCACCUGUGCCCCCACUCAUGUGAAAGCUUAUUCUCAAUUUUUUAUUUUCCACAACUUAAAUACAGACCGCACAACUCCCGUGUCUUGUGUGCUCGUCGCUCAGCAUGCAAGUCGAGAAAAGAAAGACCAAAACAAUGAAAACUUUACGAAAAAUCAAAAAGUUGAAGGACUUUAACGUCGAGAUCUCUCGUAGAAAACCUCUUUUGUAAGGUUGCAUACAAUACUUUUUUUUCAGACUUUACUUAUGGUAUUAUACUGAAUAUGUUAUUGUUGUUAUAGUAGUUGAGUGACGUUUGAGGGAAUUUCUAGUCCGUUAAUCUUGUACUCAGUGUGUCUACUUUUCAAAAAAGUCAGUUUUUCAGUCUCUAAAACACAUUUAAAUAAGAGUUUCUUUGCCCAUCUUUUGUUCCUCAUCCUAGGCUUGGAGUCAACACAACACAACAACAAUGAAUUUCCAUUUUUCUUGUUUCUUUACUUCUCUCUUUAUCUCUUCCUAUGUUUGCCUCUUCGACGGUGUUAUUUCAGGGGUUCAAUUGGGAUUCGAGUAAUAAGCAAGGCGGAUGGUACAACUCUCUCAUCAACUUAGUUCCGGACUUGGCUAAAGCUGGAGUUACUCAUGUUUGGUUGCCACCAUCAUCUCACUCCGUUUCUCCUCAAGGUUAUAUGCCAGGAAGGUUGUAUGACUUGGAUGCUUCCAAGUUUGGAAAUCAGCAACAACUGAAAACUCUUAUUAAGGCUUUACAUGACCACGGGAUCAAAUCGGUUGCUGAUAUAGUGAUAAAUCAUAGAACUGCUGAUAACAAAGAUAGCAGGGGAAUAUACAGCAUCUUUGAAGGAGGAACAUCUGAUGACCGGCUUGAUUGGGGUCCAUCUUUCAUUUGCAAGAACGACACACAAUAUUCUGAUGGCACGGGGAAUCCAGACACGGGUUUGGACUUUGAACCUGCACCUGAUAUCGAUCAUCUUAAUACGAGAGUGCAGAAAGAGUUAUCAGACUGGAUGAACUGGCUGAAAUCUGAAAUUGGAUUUGAUGGUUGGCGUUUCGAUUUUGUUAGGGGAUAUGCACCUUGCAUUACCAAAAUUUAUAUGGGAAACACGUCCCCGGAUUUUGCUGUUGGUGAAUUGUGGAACUCUCUUGCUUAUGGCCAGGACGGGAAACCGGAAUAUAACCAGGACAAUCAUAGAAAUGAGCUAGUUGGUUGGGUAAAAAAUGCGGGGCGGGCUGUAACAGCUUUUGAUUUUACAACAAAGGGAAUUCUUCAAGCUGCAGUUCAAGAAGAGUUAUGGAGAUUGAAGGAUCCCAAUGGAAAACCUCCUGGGAUGAUCGGUGUUUUGCCUCGAAAAGCUGUGACUUUUAUCGAUAAUCAUGAUACUGGAUCGACACAAAAUAUGUGGCCUUUCCCUUCAGACAAAGUUAUGCAAGGAUAUGCAUACAUUCUUACUCAUCCAGGAAUCCCAUCCGUGUUUUAUGACCAUUUCUUUGAUUGGGGCUUCAAGGAUGGAAUUUCAGCACUAAUCUCUAUUAGGAAGAGGAAUAGGAUUUGUGCAACAAGCAAUGUGCAAAUAAUGGCUUCUGAUUCUGAUCUUUAUAUAGCAAUGAUUCAUCACAAAAUCAUUGUCAAGAUUGGACCAAAACUUGAUCUUGGAAAUCUUAUUCCACCUAAUUAUGAGGUGGCAACUUCUGGACAAGACUAUGCUGUAUGGGAGCAAAAGGCAUAAUCAUAUUGUACCACACUAAAAGGGACCAUGGCCACAAUGGUUCUCAUUAGUGUUAAUGUUAUAUGAUUGAAAAUGUAAUUUAUAUUGACAUAAUGAAGGCCAAAAAUUCAAGAAAUUAUAAACAAUUCAAUAGUCCUUGC